GAAAGGAAAUCUCAGUGCGCAGCAAUCGUUCAAACACUUGCUCAACUCACUUGAGCCGCGCAGAAUGAAACAGUUGAAAGUGAAAAGUAGGUUAUCAGAAAUAAGAUUGAACGAAUUCUUGGAGGGACAGAGGCUCUGUGACCCGAAUCCGCCGGUCGUGAACGAUGAGAGAGUGAGAGAGAGAGAGAGAGAGAGAAUUUGCGCACAUGCCAGCGCGCGGGGCGUUGGUGUGUUCAGGCCGUGUUCCACGGCAGCCAUCAAUUUACGCAGCGCGCUGAGGUAAUAAAAAAGGGGGUGACAAGUAUCGGCGUGUAGGCUUGUUCACGGCGCAGGCCAGCUGCGCAUCGUGCGCCUCAACUGCCGAGCGGAGUGAGAGGUCGUCCCGCGUUGUACUCGUCGCUCGCUACCUCGUUUAGUAUUCCGACUUGUUUAUCGCACCUGAAGAAUUUCCGCCACAUAGCCAGCUGAUUUCUUUUUUUUCAUCCAUCCCACCGAAGCCGCGAAGCAGCCGCGUCGCUGAAUCAUGAGUUGUUUGCUGACUCUCGUGCCACUGAUUAUAGCUGCAACUGUUAACGCUCAGAGCGAUGGCAGGUAUACUGUUACUGACCAAGUAUAUUUCGAUAUCAUGAUCGACGACAAACCAGCAGGAAGGAUAGUUAUUGGACUUUUCGGACAAGACGCUCCGAAAACCGUGAAAAAUUUCAUAGUGUUAGCCACUGAUGGCGUCGAUGGCAAAACAUACGCGGGAACUAAAUUUCAUCGCGUCAUCAAAAAGUUCAUGAUACAGGGUGGUGACGUGGAAACCGGAGAUGGAGCGGGCUCUAUCAGCAUCUACGGCAAAACCUUCGAUGAUGAAAAUUUCGCUCUCAAUCAUAACGGGCCCGGCUUUCUUAGCAUGGCUAAUGCUGGCAAAAACACCAAUGGUUGUCAGUUUUUCAUCACCACUAUUGCCUGUCCGUGGUUAGAUGGAUUGCACACAGUAUUCGGAAAAGUUGUUGACGGAUUGGAUGUGGUUUUCAAAAUUGAGCAAACAAAAACGGACGUCAACGACAAACCCGUGGUACCCAUCUACAUUCACGAAAGUGGACUGAUUCCAACACCCUCACCGUUCACCAUCUCCGAUAACCCUUACGAUUUAUGGUCAUGGGCAAAAGCAACUGCGAUUCCUUUGAGUUUUAGCUUCUCAGUUCUUGGAUUUUUCCACUGGAUGAUGAGGCAGCUUGAUGUUUGACUAAUAAUCAAAAUUUCAACUAUUUUUAAAAGCUGUAAGAAUAAGGUCAGCUCCUUUUGCAAAAUUAUAAAAUGCACACGAAUGGUGUACAAAUUUAUCACAUA